AUGCCGCCGCUCCACAAGCUGACCGCGGUCCCGGCCGGCUGGCCCCUGGAGACCGUCCUCGACGCCUUCGUGCACUUGACGAAGUACAACCCUGCUGUUGCCGCUGCGCAGCGCGCCCAAGAGGCGGUGGCGGCGCGGCUGGUGGAGCUCUGGGCCGCGAACCCGGCGGAGGCGGCGGCCUGGCGCGGUCUGAACGAGGACCGCUCCCGGGAGCGGCUCGCCGAGCUGCUCUUCCAGCACGGGCGGAGCGAGUGGAGCCGGUGCAAAGUCACCUCCAUCUCGGAGGCGGGGCUGGAGCGAGUGGCUUUGAGUCGGACGUAUGAGCCGAGGUGGUUGGAGGCUCAUCUCCGCCCUCACUGCUCGGAGCUCGCUGGGCGGCUGGCAGCGGCCGAGGCGGAGGCCGAGGAGACGGCGCGGAAGCGGCAGAAAGUGGAGGCGAAGGGCCAGGAGGAGCAGCUGCGGGAGGAGAAGAGGCAGCUCGCCCAACGCCUGGAAGCCGCCCAGGCGGAGCUCCAUUCCGCGAAGGAGGAGGUCGCCCAGGUCAAUUUGCAGAACGCACAGCUCGGUGCCAGCUUGGAGGCGGCGCAGGCUGCAGCUGCAGAGAAGCAGCGGGAGCUCCAAGCCGCGAGGCAGCAGCGUGAUCAGCUCACGGAGCGCCUGGUGGCAGCAGAUGCGUCAUUGACGACAAAAGCACGUGAGCUCCAGGUAGCGCAAGGCGAGGGCGCCGCGCAGAAGGAACGGUGCGAGCAGCUUGAGCGUCGCUUGGCGGCAUCGGAGGCCGAGGCAUCAGCAACGCAGACCGAUCUCCAAAGGUUGCAGGACGAGUGUGGCCAGCACAAGGAACAUUGCGAGCAGCUUGCAAGCCGCUUGGCUGCGGCGGAGGCUGCUUCCGGAAGCAAGGCUGAUUGGCAGGUCCUGCUGGAGAAUGCAGCUCUCAAGGAACGUGGUCAGCUGCUUGGGCAGCAGGUGGCGAAGGCGGAGGCCAAGCUGGAGCAGAUGCUGGUAGAGAAGGGCGUGUGCCAGGAGCGGUGCCGUCAGCUGGAGCGCCAGCUUGCCGAGGUGACCAAGCAAGCAAAGUGCAUCGGAAGUGGGCGCAGAGCUCGUGCCACCCACGUCUGCCGCGACCCUGAAGAAGCCUCCAGCAGCCAUGAGUCAAACCUUAGUGAUCAGCUGGGCUACACCCUUGUCGAUGAUGCCGAUGCCUCCUCGGUUCUGAGCCACUCGUCCUGGUUCUCCGUGAAACCUCACUGCUUCAUGCCAGAUGCCAUUUUCAAGACCCGCAACUGCGGGAUCGACUUCUUCCUGAUGGGCCGGGACCUUAUGCAAGGCUCGCGGGUGGUGGCCGGAGAUGACGCGACCAUUGUGAAGGUGGCCACGAAGCCCGAACUCUGCCGAGCCAACGAGGUCGUCGACUUGCAAGCCGGAGCUGCCAUGCUACGGGUGACCCCGGACCACCUCGUGCAGGUCCCGGAUGCAACGGGCGAGUUCGUGAAGGAUCUUUAUCUUCCAGCUGGAGAGUUGAAAGCGGGCGACCGGGUGAUGCUCGACUCCGGGGAGCCCAUGACCCUCACCAGCGUUGCCAUUCGUUCCCUAGAGUGCGAGGUCCUGAAGAUCACCUUCGAGCCACACCUGCCCGUGGCCGUCUUCUCCUGCCCCCCUUGCAUCCUCAGCUUGGGGCACAAACCGAAGCCACCGAUUCGCCGUGGCUGGGAGAAGAAGCGAGGCCAAGGUCAAGGCCAGGGGGUGGACGAGAGCAUGGACGGCGGAGCCUCCAUCCCCAUGACGGCCGGCGGCGAAUACACGGACUAG